UUAAUGCAUAUACCCCAGACGCUGAAUAGACAUUAUAUGUUUUAUUUAACUCAGGAGCUGUGUCUGAGAGGAAGUCAGUCCACAAAGUUGUGCAGGAUGUCUCAAAGGAAGAUGCUGCAAUCCUCCUCGGGAGCCCUGCUUCUCCUCUUGCCUUUGUUUGCUGGACCGGUCCUGGGAGAGAUCAGCGAGGACUUCACCCAGUGUCUUGAUUUCUUCUACGAAAGAUCUCCACCACAAGGCAUUACUCCAGCAGGAUAUCAGCCAAUAUGCCAGCUCUACAGAAACCAGUACCACUUUGCCAGCCUGUAUCACCGUCAGCAUCGCACACCAUUGUACUCUGCGUAUGUGCUCAGUCCUGCAGACGGCAAACGGCCCAAUUCAACCUGGAUGUAUGAACCUCAGUUGGUGUUCUCCCGUGCCAGAUCAGAGAUGAAAGUCUUCGACAUUCCCGUCGACCAGAAUGUGAUCGAGAGCCAGGCGGUGCCUCAGGACUACAGGAACUCAAACUUCACUAAAGGCCAUCUCAAUCCCAGCAUGCACCAGAAAACAAAAGAAAACCGUGAGGCCACAUUCACACUGACAAACAUUGUCCCUCAGCGAGCGGGCUCAAACUCUGGCCCCUGGAACCGUCUGGAGAACGAGGUAUUGAAGAAAUUCAAGGCCUUCUGCAACGGGUCAAUGUAUGUGAUCACCGGAGGCAUGCCGUAUGAGUCAGAACCCCGCUGGAUCAAUAACAGGGUAUCUGUUCCUGAGUACAUGUGGUCCGCUUACUGCUGCCCGUCCUACAGUGCCAGCCUUCCUAAGUCUGUGAGGUCGUUUUUCCCCACAUACGCAGCAGUGGGCAGAAACGACAGAAACAGUGAUGAGCAGAUAGUACCAGUUGACAUCAAGUCAAAAGCAUCGUUCAGGGGCUAUGAUGUGAGGAGGAUGUCGUUAGAGGCUCUGGAGGACAUCCUGAGUCACAGGCUGGCUAUGCCUAUCAGUCUGUUUCAAGGACAGUGUCAGGAGCAAAGGGGAAAAGAUUAGGUUUUGUUGAAAUCAUCUGUUAUGGUUGUUCAUAACUGGCUUUACUUACAUCCUUGUUCUCUUCAUAAUUACUGAAUAAGAGUUUGGUUAGAAAAAAAGGACGUACUGAUGAUUAUUUCUUGAUGAUAAGGGUUAAUUAAGAAGAUAUCUUUGUAAGCAUUACCUUGUAAAAUGUUCAAAAACUAACCCUGUUUUAACAACAAGACUGAAACUGGUGAAGAGUUAUCUGUCAAUAAAAUAUUGAGUGAAAAACAUAA